UGGGUACAGUGAGGUGAUAUAUUCCAACAUGUAUCUCGUUAACAAGGCUCUGGAAUUCUUUAGUUGGCAAUGAUAAACAACAUUCGACCAGACGUCGAUCAUGCAGCGAGUGGGCAAGCAGGUAGCGCUCGCUCUGUACAAACCUCGUCGCUCAAGUAUGGCGACACAGACAGCGAGGGAAGCAGGAGAGACAUCAGCGCGCUUGCAUUCUUGUGAAGAGAAAACGCUUCGCCACACAUUGCCACUUCCCCGUCGCUGCCGCGGCAACGAAUGGGAAGUUGUGGAUACUGACCGUGUCUACUUGGAAGAGGAUGGGUCUUUGAGUCGUACGCUGCUAUGGGAACCAACAAUGGCCUUAGUGAGCAGCCUCAAUGGAGCGCUGCUUGAGCGGGCUGAGGAGUUGGUCAAGAAGGAGAGCUGUUCGGCCGAUGCCUCCAUUUCUCGCAUCCUUGGCUAGGCUAGCCUUGAUCAUAGUAAACCCACACAUCAGCUAGAGUUUCGCUCUGCUCCUUUACAAGUGCCUGCUCUUUCCAACAUUGAAA